AAAUGACCAUUGUUAUGAUUCUUUAGUUAACUGUGUAUUUUGACAUUCCUAACCUAGCUAGUCUAAUGGUUACUUUAAUAAAUAAUUAUUAAUAGACUUCCAUGGUGAAUUUUCCUCGUGGCUGUAAUGAUCAUCACCGCCUUGGUGGAAACUGAACACUUCCUGGGCUCCCGGCUAUUCGUUUACACGCUUCAUGUGUUGAGCACAUUCAAUGGACCUGACUGCUUUAUGCCUGCUGACGAGCCGGCACUGUCCACCAUUAUCUAGUUAAUUGAAAGGAAACCUAAAGAGAUUUUAAAAGGAAUUUGUAGUUUUUUUGGGGGGGGAUUUAGUCGCUGUUCUCCAGCCUGGAUAUCCGAAGAGCGAGUAAAAGUUAGCUAGUACAGUACAGUAGAUAGGCGGCUUCAGCUAUAAAAAAUGGCCAUGGUUUCAAUUCCUGCAAACACAUCCGCUAUUUUGCUGGAUAUUGAAGGAACUACGACACCAAUAACGUUUGUAAAGGACAUUUUAUUCCCAUACAUCAAAGAUCAUCUUGAAGAGCAUUUGUCGGCGCACUGGGAAGAAGAUGAAUGCAAACAAGACGUGCAUCUUCUGAAGAAACAGGUUGAGGAGGACCUGCGUCUGAACCGAGCAUGUGCGCAGCAUGUCCUGGACCAGUCAGUGCACACCGAUGAGGAGAAGGCCAUCAGGGAGGUGGUGGACAACGUGCUGUGGCAGAUGGCUUCAGACAGGAAGACACCAGCACUGAAACAGCUGCAGGGUCACAUGUGGAGGGCGGCCUACGCCGCCGGGAGAAUCAAAGGCGAAGUGUACCAGGAUGUGGUCCCAUCCAUCAGAAGGUGGAGACGGCAGGGCCUGAAAGUCUAUAUCUACUCCUCUGGCAGCGUGGAGGCUCAGAAACUACUGUUUGGAUACUCAGUAGAAGGAGACCUACUAGAUCUGUUUGAUGGCCACUUCGACACCAACAUAGGCGCUAAAGUUGAAAGUAAAAGUUACGAGAGGAUUGCAGAGAGAAUCGGCUGCCCGCCCGAGGAAAUCAUGUUCCUGACAGAUGUCACAAGGGAGGCCAAGGCAGCCGAGGACGCGGGUGUAAACGUAGUGGUGGUGGUGCGCCCGGGCAACAUGGAGCUGACGGAGGAGGAGAAGUUACACUACAACCUCAUUACAACCUUCAGCCAACUGGAAGUGAUAGACAGCGCUUAACUCAGGAUGAGGGGGAGGAAUGCUGUCGUCUGAUUCAGCCCCUUCUCCUCCACAGCGUGCACUCAUUGGCUCCCCCUUGUGGUUGGAAAAGUAUUGGACUCAAUAUGGGAGUUCUCUCUAUGCAGUAUGUCUAACACGUUAGGGUUGCUUUUGGGUGGGGGGGUCAGGAGUGUAAACUUGGAGGAGAAGGGUGAAAAAUCAGGACACAGUCAGAAAACAGGAAUCAGAACACUACCCUCUUCCCCUAGCAGCAGAUGUCCCUUUGGUCUUAUUGAAGGGCUGGAACAGUAAAAUGUAUGGAUGCACCUCUGAGUAUAUUGGAGGGCCAGGUGGAGCUGUUGUUUUAUUUCUUUCAUCUGGUCUAUUCAGAGUCUGAAUUGGAUUGUGCUAAGGGAAGGAGCUACUAACUAAAAUGGAACCAGGCCCUUUUCAUAAGAACUUUGUCCCUGGGGUGGGGAGGGGAGAAAAUUGCACCAAGCUUUUUGGGAGUGCACAGAGUAGCCAAUCCAGCAGUCUGUUUCUGGUCUAUCCAACAUGUUGUUUUCUCUACCAGGGAACAGUGUAGCAUUGUUGGAACCCAGAGCGGUCUGGUAUCCAGGCUACACUCAUGGUGUCAGGUCAGGUGGGCAACAAGGAGCACGUCAUACCAGUCUGCAGACUGCUCAUUUAAAGGACCUGCCUGGGUUUCCUCCUUUUUUUUUUUUUUAGCCUUUUAAAUAAAAAACCCUAUUUAAGU